UUUUUUUUUCAUUUGCUAAUUUCCUGAACGGGGAGGGAUGCCGGUCAUGGCUUGCGUAGAUGCUGCAGUUAACCAUCCUGGCUACGAUUCCUGCGAUAGCUACCCGGGCCACCGCCCUCGAACACCCAUCACCUGGUCUACCGACCUUUCCGCCGCCCUCUACAAGAUCGAUGGCUGGGGCGCCCCCUACUUCACUGUCAAUACUGCAGGCAAUAUCUCCGUACGCCCCUUCGGCUCUGCAACCCUACCUCAUCAGGAGAUUGAUUUGAUGAAGGUUGUCAGAAAAGCAUCGGAUCCGAAAACUUUGGGCGGCCUCGGCCUUCAGCUUCCGCUCAUUGUUCGACUCCCUGACGUCCUCAGGAACCGCCUGGAAUCCCUGCACUCCGCCUUCCAGUUUGCCAUUGAGUCCAACGGCUACGAUUCCUGCUACCAGGGAGUCUACCCCGUCAAAUGCAAUCAGGAUCGCUACAUCGUUGAGGACGUUGUGGAAUUUGGCUCUGCUUUUCGUUUUGGUCUCGAGGCCGGGUCCAAAGCCGAGCUUCUCCUUUCCAUGAGCUGCCUCGUUAGAGGCAGCCCUGAUGCUCUCCUCAUUUGCAACGGCUACAAGGAUGAAGAGUAUGUAUCCCUUGCUCUUAUGGGAAGGAGCCUUGCUCUCAACACUGUGAUUGUUCUUGAGCAGGAGGAGGAGCUUGACACAGUGGUGGAAUCCAGCCGCAAGUUUGGCGUUCGACCUGUUAUCGGUCUCAGGGCGAAGCUCAGAACUAAACAUUCUGGACACUUCGGCUCAACUUCUGGCGAGAAAGGCAAAUUUGGUCUGACGACCACUCAGAUCCUCUCCGUCGCAAGAAAACUUCAGAAACUCGAGAUGCUGGACUGUCUCCAGCUCUUACAUUUCCACAUUGGCUCCCAGAUUCCAUCUACUGCCCUGCUUGCUGACGGCGUUAGCGAGGCUGCACAUAUCUACUGCGAGCUGGCCAAGCUUGGUGCUGCGAUGCAUGUGAUUGACAUUGGAGGCGGCCUCGGAAUCGACUACGAUGGAAGUCAUUCAAGCUUGUCGGACAUGUCCGUGGGCUAUGGAUUGGACGAAUACGCUUGUACAGUAGUUCGCGCUAUCCAGUAUGCUUGUGAUCGCAAGCAAGUGCGCCAUCCUGUUAUCUGCAGCGAGAGUGGCCGUGCCCUCGUCUCCCACCACUCCGUCCUGAUUUUCGAAGCGGUCUCCUCCAACGCCGUUGUUCCGGAAACCCUUGGACAAAGUCUUGCCUCCCUCCUCGACGCCCUGGAAGACGAAGCCCGCUCCGACCACCGCAAUCUUGUGGCGUCUGCUGUGCGGGGGGAGUACGAAACCUGCAUCUUUUACGCCGAUCAGCUCAAACGACGGUGCGUGGAACAGUUCAAGGACGGAAUGCUUGGUCUCGAACACCUCGCGGCAGUGGACGCACUCUGCGAUCUUGUGGCCAGGGAGAUUGGCGCCUCGGAUCCUGUGCUUACGUAUCACGUGAACCUGUCCAUCUUUACCUCUAUUCCAGAUUUCUGGGCUAUUGGUCAGCUCUUCCCAAUUCUCCCAAUCCACCGCCUUGACCAGCGACCAGUGGUCAACGGGGUGCUCUCUGAUCUUACUUGCGACAGCGACGGGAAGGUGAACAGGUUCAUCGGUGGAAGGGCGAGUCUCCCCUUGCACGAACCUUCAGGAGCCGAUGGCGGGGGAUACUACCUUGGUAUGUUUCUCGGCGGGGCUUAUCAGGAAGCCAUGGGUGGACUGCACAACCUAUUCGGCGGGCCGAGCGUGGUACGCGUGUCGCAGAGCGAUGGGCCUCACUGCUUCGUCGUGACGCGGGCUUCGCCAGGCUCUUCAUGCGCAGACGUCCUGCGAGCGGUGCAGCACGAGCCCGAGCUCUUGUUCCAGGCCCUCAGGCGCCGCGCUGAGGAGUACGCUUGCGGUGACGGAGAGGCUAUCAUGUGCAGCCUGGCGCGCGCUUUCCAUUCCAUGCCUUACCUUGUCUACGACGCCAUGGCAACCGAUCACGAUGGCACCGCUUUGGCCAGUAGCUCCGAUGAUGAUGAUGCUGAGUGGGAGUUCAUGCGGUCCCUGAGCUUUUGACCGUUGGAUUGCUGAAGGAGAAACGGGUAGGUAUGGGCUGCUGUUCGGUUGCCGUCCUAUUUUCUUUUUCUGAUGCAACUUAUGUUUUUUUCCAUGGCCAUUGAAUCAUUUUAGCCAUUUACUUUGCUUCUUGUUAUCUUGGAAAAUUCUGAGUGUUUGGUUUAGUUGAUUCCAAUGUUUGAAGAGGCUGCAGGACCUCUUCUUUAUUAUCCUUCUUCCGUUUAUGAAUCAUGGGGAUCCUGUCGGACCGCCUUUGUAAUUUGUCGAAUGUUAUCUCUCCAGUAAUGUUUUUAUUUCGACUUUUGUCGCGUGCUAUUUCUGGUGUGUUCCUGACAAAAUUUCGAAGAUGAGAAUAUCUCAUU